CUCACUUGAUUCGGGAUGCCAUGUCGUCGAAUAACAAGUCGCAUACCGCAAAAACGGAUUUUUUCGCGCCGUCAAUCCACCCUUCAGAAUGUUCGACAAUCUCAAACCGCCGCGCUUCUUGACUCUGUGAAUUUACUUCGUGCAACGGCAGCAUUCGUCCCUCGAGCACUGGCGCAUAAUCCACGCCAACGAAGUGUAUGGGAUGGAAUACUCGGACGUGCUGUAGAAGAGUCCAAGAUCAAAGAGGAACGACCUGCGCGUCUCGUUGUGUAUGGAACCAAUCCUGGGGCCACACAAAACUUAGUAAAUGCCCUCCUGGAUGAACCUUUUGCUUCAGACGAGCAAAUAGGGAAAAUUUUGCGCUCUCGGUGGGCCGAGAAAGAAAGAGGGCCCCUGCGGAUAGAUUUUGGAGCUAUGACAUCCACUUCAGAUGUACUGCAACUCCCAUUGCCCUUCCUCAACAGAUACGCUGUGCCACUCUCCGUCAUCGAGACUUCGAACCCUGCAGAUCUCGACAACGCUGAUAUCGCUGUUGUUGUCACAAGUGUGGACGAAUUAUCUUCAUUGUCCAUUAAUCGACCAGACGCUCUCUUCGUUGUCGAUAUGGAUGCGUCAGAUGUCCGACACCCUCCCAAAUCACGGUCCAAUGAAGGAUUCGCCCGUCAGUAUAUCUUCGUGAGCCCGACCGAAGCCUCCAAUGCAAUCUCAUCACUUAAGCAACAUCCGGACUCCCCUGCCGCCGUGCAAGAAUUCCAAGCAAAGUUCAUCGGUUCUCGUAUGUCGGCCUUCACGAGGCGUGUUGACGGAAUCUUAGCCUCUUUACCCAACAAUCUCGCUCUUCAAGAAAGGACGAUGGUCGCACAGACCGAGGGUGCGCUUGCGGUUUGUCAGACGGCUUUGGAGGAGGCGUGGGCCGAGCUCAAUACGAUUUCUCGUGCUGUGGGUGAAUUGUCUGCAGCGACGGAGAAGGAGUACGAACGCAUCGAUGGUGAAGUCUUUGGGGAUCGCGGUCAGCAUGCCGUCGAUCAAGCCAUAUACAAUGCAACACAAACCAUGAAGCUGAAAAUGGAACUUUCCAAAUGGCCGAGGAUGGCUUCAAGCGUUGACGAGCUUCCAACAUACCUUGCUACGACCGUGCGCCGCAUUUGGUGUGUUGAAUUAGAGAAGGAUCUUAUAUUCCACUCUGGAAGACUGGAACAAAUUCAAGCUUCGAUGACUGCGCAGACGAUGGCCCUUGUCAAGCAAACAAAUGUUCAGUCUUUGAAAUCGCCUGUGCUCCAAAACACUCUCGAUCAACUCGUUUCGUCGCCAAACUUCCGUGUUCAACCAACGACAUUGCCUGGGCCGCUCGCUGCAAGAAGCGAUUUGCUUCUCGAUGCCCCGACAGCUCGGUUCCAUCGUGCUGCCCAGCGAGCGUUGCUUCGUAUGAUUGGUACUGCGAUAGGUGGUAUGGCCAUCAGCUGGAGCGGAUAUCUCGGGUAUCUUUCUAGCAAUGGAGGAUUGGCGGCCUCUCUUGGAAUAGGCUUAGAGCCUGGCACUGCUCUUGCUACGGGCGUCUUCGGGGCAGUCUUUGGGGUGUAUUGGUCAACGAUGUCCUGGGACAAGGGCAAGCGGGAAUGGUGGGGACAAUUCGAGCGUGUUCUUGGUGGCUCCAAAGUAGAUCUAAAGGAGACGCUCCAGAAAACGUUGCAUGAGCAGGUCCUGGUGGUGCCCCGCACUGCCUGUCAGGAUCUGACCAUCCGGAUUGGAAAGCGAGAGAGAGAGUUGGAGCUGCUUCAAGGCGAACUCAAUGACUUGAAACAGCAACUCGAGCGUUCUAAGAAGCGGAAUUAAGUGACACGUGAAAUAUACAAAGGCGAAGCAACAGCAUGGGCUCGGGCUGUAGCACUGUCCUCCUCGUCACUGUCUGCCCCGAUGUCAAAAAGCUCCUCUCGUGCAUCCCAAAUGUUGUUGGUGUUACGCGAGGCUU